UCAAGUAUUAUACAGCAUUUAAGAUUUGGUAAUAAAUUAUCGAUAUCAAAUCAUCCUUCAACAAUUGGAGUGGACACCUGUAUACUACAUUUGAACGAACUAUUUGAAAAUCGAUAUGCUGUUGAUAUACAUGUAUUAGACAUUCCCGGUCAGACACGCUUCGAAGCUGUUUGGAUGCAUUACUUUCGUACUUGUCAUGGAGCAUUUUUAGUUGCUGAUGUAACAUGUUUUGAAUCGUUGGAAAGUAUCAAAUCCCGCUGGUAUAGAAAAUUACAGGAAUUAAAAAUGGAUGGUGCCGAAUUAAUUAUAUUAUGUAAUAAAAUAGAUGUGAUCAAAGAUUCUGAACUUAAUGAUGUCAAGAUUCGAACAUUUGUCGAUCAAGCGGAGACAUUCGCAAGUGAAAAUAAUAUAUCUUUAUUUCAUACAUCAGCAUUAACUGGUAAAAACAUCCAUACAGUGUUCAAUCAAAUGAUAUUAUGUAUACUGAGUAAUCACGCUCUCUUGCAAACAAUAACAGAGCGCGCUAAGGAUGCCACAGAAACACAGGUGAUUGCAUUUUCAGAUGAUGAGAUCUCCUUAGUAGAGCAAGGCGAACGACGACAGCACCAAGAAUCACCGAAAGGUUUGAAGAAAAAACGAAGGAAAAAAUGUUGCUGA